CCCGCUAGCGUUGUCUUGAGACAGAAAGCGUAAUCCGUUACAGUUAUGUUUGCUUCAAACUUGCAACUUCCACAUCUUCUCCCACUUAAAGCUUAUACUAUUAUUUAACACCAUCUCUCUCUCUCACACAUAUUCUCUACGAUUACAAUCAUGAAACACAACCACAUAAACAACAUUAACAAAAACAACAUCAAUUUUCAUUUAUCGUUGUUUUUUGUUUACAUAUUCCAUUAGUUAGUUACUACUUUCUCAAUUCACUUUCCUUUUUUGUUUCAACCACCGACACACCAUGGUAACCGCCGUAAUUCUGUUCACCGUCACGGUGGUUCUCUCAUCGACGGUAGCUUCAUCUCCGGUAACACUAACACUUGAAAGAGCUUUUCCUUCAAAUCAUGGAGUUGAAUUGAGUCAUCUUAAAGCAUUGGAUACUUUCAGACAUCAACGAUUUUUGCAGUCUACUACUAGUUAUGUUGUUAAUUUUCCUGUUAAAGGAUCCUUUGAUACCUCUAAAGCUGGGCUUUACUUUACAAAGGUGAAUUUGGGUACUCCUCCAAGAGAAUUUUAUGUUCAGAUUGAUACUGGAAGUGAUGUUCUUUGGGUUAGUUGUGCUUCCUGCGUGGGUUGUCCCCAAACAAGUGGUCUCCAAAUUCAGCUCAAUUACUUUGACCCUAGGAGUUCAUCGACAUCUUCAUUCAUCGCUUGUUCUGAUCAAAGGUGCAAGAAUGGAGUACAGUCAUCAGAUAGCAGCUGUUCCGGUCGGAAUAACCAAUGCACUUAUAUAUUCCAGUAUGGAGAUGGUAGUGGAACAUCAGGCUAUUAUGUGUCAGACUUUAUGCAUUUUGCUAGUAUUACUCAGGAAUCUUUGUUGUCAAACUCCUCGGCGCCUGUGGUUUUUGGUUGUAGCAACCAGCAGAGUGGGGACUUGACAAAGUCUGAUAGAGCAAUUGAUGGUAUAUUUGGCUUUGGGCAACAGGGCAUGUCAGUAAUUUCCCAGCUUGCUUCACAAGGAAUUGCACCAAGAGUUUUCUCACACUGCUUGAAAGGAGAUAGUAGCGGUGGCGGCUUAUUGGUUCUUGGUGAGAUUGUGGAGCCAAACAUAAUUUAUAGUCCACUCGUUCCGUCACAGCCCCAUUAUAAUCUAAAUCUUUUGAGCAUCUCUGUCAAUGGCCAAAUUUUGCCAAUUGAUUCGGCUAUUUUUGCUACAUCAAGCAAUAGAGGCACCAUUAUUGAUUCCGGAACAACUUUGGCAUACAUUGCCGAAGAGGCUUACAAUCCCUUUAUCAAUGCGAUUACAGCUGCUAUUCCACAAUCUGUACGCACUGUUCUUUCCAGAGGAAAUCAGUGUUACUUAGUUACCAACAGCCUUGAUAGUUUUCCUCAAGUAAGUCUGAAUUUUGCUGGUGGUGCUUCUCUCGUUUUAGGAGCACAGGACUACCUUAUAAAGCAGAAUUAUAUUGGAGAUGGAUCAGUGUGGUGUAUUGGCUUUCAGAAAAUUGCAGGUCAAGAUAUAACAAUUCUAGGAGACCUUGUAUUAAAAGACAGAAUUUUUGUCUAUGAUCUUGCUGGUCAACGCAUUGGAUGGGCUAACUAUGACUGUUCCUUGUCGGUUAAUGUUUCUGCAUCAUCUGGUAACGGCAGAAGUGAGUUUGUUAACGCGGGAAACAUAAGUGGAAGCACUUCUUUGCGUGAUGGAUCUCACAAGUUGAUAAAGAGAAGAGUGAUCAUUGCUAUAUUCAUGCACAUAACACUAAUAUGCUAUUUUGUAUUUUUGUAGCAUGUUAAAUUGGAACUAAUUAUAUUCUUUUUUUUUAAUAUUUAUAUGUAUAUUCUCUUGCUGGUAUAUAAGUGUGAAUCGGCAAGUCAUGUAUCUUUACUUGGAUUAUUGCCUUGUGCCUUCUUUCUGCACAAUAGGUUUGUCAAUUAAUGUAACUCACUCUUUAUCAGUCGUGUAAAUUCAAUGAUCACACUGGUUGAGUCACAAAUACAAGUUAUACAAUUCGGUCUUUUGGA